ACAUGGAAUUCAACCCAUCAGAUCAUCCACGGGCCAGUACGAUAUUUCUCAGUAAAUCACAAACAGAUGUGAGAGAAAAACGCAAGAGUCUCUAUAUAAACCACCAUCCUCCUGGGCAGUUGCGAAGGAAAUACAGUUCCUGCUCCACUAUUUUCCUGGAUGACAGCACAGUCAGUCAACCAAACCUCAAGUAUACUAUCAAAUGUGUAGCUCUUGCAAUAUAUUACCACAUCAAAAACAGGGACACAGACGGAAGAAUGCUCUUAGAUAUUUUUGAUGAAAACCUUCAUCCCCUUUCGAAAUCCGAAGUGCCACCAGACUAUGACAAACACGACCCAGAGCAGAAACAGAUUUACCGCUUCGUUCGGACGCUGUUCAGUGCUGCUCAACUGACUGCUGAAUGUGCCAUUGUCACCCUGGUGUAUCUUGAAAGACUUUUAACUUAUGCAGAGAUAGAUAUUUGUCCAGCAAACUGGAAGCGAAUUGUACUGGGUGCAAUUCUACUGGCAUCCAAAGUUUGGGACGACCAGGCAGUGUGGAACGUGGAUUACUGCCAGAUCCUGAAAGAUAUCACAGUUGAAGACAUGAAUGAGCUGGAGCGCCAGUUUCUUGAGCUGUUGCAGUUCAAUAUUAACGUUCCCUCCAGUGUUUAUGCCAAGUAUUAUUUUGAUUUGCGUUCCCUGGCAGAAGCGAAUAACCUGAGUUUUCCUUUGGAGCCCCUCAGCAGGGACAGGGCAUAUAAACUUGAGGCCAUUUCCCGCUUGUGUGAGGAUAAAUAUAAGGACUUCAGGAAAGCUGCAAAGAAACGGUCAGUCAGUGCUGACAAUCUGACUGUGGUUAGAUGGUCUCCUGCUAUUAUCUCCUAACAAAGGAGACUGGAAUAUUCCUAUGGACGUACUGUUUCAUCCAUCCAUUUUUUUUUCGGGGUGGGCUGGGGG